AGUUCCGCAAAUCUAGUCUGUUUGUGUUUUGACGUUUUUUGUGAAGCUCUCCUCAGACCACCACACACAAGUCUAUAAAGCAAAGCCACAGUCAACGUUCUCCGCACCGGAUAAAAUAAAGAAAAGACAAAAUGGCAUCGGACUCUCCACGCAGACCGAGUCGCUGUGCUGGAGGGGUUCUGGUGCGAGCACAAGCUGCUACGGAGCAGUCCUACAUGGAGAGUGUGGUGACCUUUCUGCAGGAUGUGGUCCCCCAGGCGUACACCGGGGCUCCUCCCACAGAUGAAAAAGAGAAAAUCAUUUGGGUUCGAUUUGAGAAAGCUGACAUCAACGACACUGCCCGCAACCCAGAGUUCAUGGAGAUGCACAGCGGUACGACUGAACCUCCUCUCUGCCUCAUGAUUGGCUACACUGAUGGGAUGCAGAUCUGGAGCGUAUCUUUGGUCGGGGAGGCCCAAGAGCUGUUCUCGGUGCGCCACGGUCCUGUGCGAGCUGCUCGCAUUCUGCCAGCUCCUCAUAUCAGUCCUCUGAAGACGGACAGUUUUGCUGACAAGAGGCCCCUGUUGGGGGUUUGCAAGAGCACAGGGUCCUCUGGGACAAGCCCUCCCUACUGUUGUGCUGACCUGUAUUCUCUACGGACGGGGGAAAUGGUCAAAUCAAUUCAAUUCAAGACGCCCAUCUAUGAUCUCCACUGCAACAAACACAUUCUUGCUGUGAGCCUACAAGAGAAGAUUGCAGCGUUUGACAGCUGCACCUUUACUAAGAAGUUCUUUGUUACAAGCUGCUAUCCCUGCCCCGGCCCCAGCCUUAACCCAAUAGCUCUGGGAAGCCGCUGGCUGGCCUACGCUGAGAACAAGUUGAUCAGAUGUCACCAGUCUCGUGGAGGAGCUUGCGGUGACAAUGCACAGUCUUAUACAGCCACAGUGAUCAAUGCAGCCAAAACUUUAAAGACAGGCCUGACAAUGGUGGGUAAAGUUGUCACCCAGUUGGCCGGCACGCUGCCUGCAGGCACCCCGGAUGAGGAGGGCACACCUCACAGCACAAGCCGCCGCAGCCCCCACAACCCCGGUGUGGUCACCAUCAUUGAUACGCACAGUGUUGGCGAAGGACAGGUCUUGGUGAGUGAGGACUCGGACGGCGAGGGAGUGGUGGCUCACUUCCCAGCUCAUGACAAACCCAUAUCCUGCAUGCAAUUCAACCCCAGUGGAAUGCUGCUGGUGACUGCGGACACCCUGGGCCAUGAUUUUCACGUCUUCCAGAUUCUGUCCAGGACAUGUGUUUCAGCCAGGACAGUCGCUGGGUAGCCAUCAGCACCCUCCGCGGCACCACCCAUGUAUUUCCCGUCAACCCCUACGGUGGCGCACCCUGCGCCCGCACACACAUGUCCCCGAGGGUGGUCAACCGGAUGUCUCGCUUCCAAAAGAGUGCUGGCCUGGAGGAGAUCGAGCAGGAGCUGAACAGGGCGGCUGCGUUAGGAGGUGGAGCUGGCGGAGGAGGCAUCGGAGGAGGUGGCUGCAUUCUGGGCGGGGGAGGAGGCAUCGGGGGCCGCUGUAGCCCCAUACCUGGCCUGUCCAGCAGCCCCUCGGGGUCUCCGCUGCACGCCAAGCUGAGCAGCCAGGAUUCGUACAACAACUUCACCAAUAACAACAUGGGGAACCCGCGGCUGUCCCCGCUGCCCAGCCUCACCGUGGUGCUGCCCUUGGCUCAGAUCAAACAGCCCAUGACCCUGGGCACCAUCACCAAACGCACCGGCAAAGCUAAGCCGCCCCCUCAGAUCUCCCCGAGCAAGUCCAGUGGAGGAGAAUUCUGUGUGGCCGCCAUAUUUGCCUCCUCUCGCUCCUGGUUCAUCACCAACCCCAAUCUGAAAAGAGAGAAAGAUCAAUCCAGGCAGUCGGUUGUCGACUCACUGUACAUCAUCAGUUGCUAUGGUAACUUGGUGGAGCACGUCCUGGAGCCUCGACCAAUUAGCACAGCUCAAAAGAUUAGCGAUGACACGCCUCUGGAGCUCAGCACCUGUCCAAGGGCCUGCUGGACUCUAGCCAGGACUCCACAGUGGAACGAGCUGCAGCCACCCUUCAACUCUAACCACCCCUUGGUGUUGGCCUCAGACCUGGUGCAAUACUAUCAGUACCUUCUGGCUGCAAUGCCCCCAGGAAGCCCAGGCCCAAUCACACGUCACGAGUCUUCAGACAGCCUGGCGUCGGACCACAGUGGCCAGGAGGAUGAGGAGUGGCUCUCUCAGGUGGAGAUCGUGACCCAUACAGGGCCCCACCGGCGCCUGUGGAUGGGCCCCCAGUUUCAGUUUAAGACCAUUCACCCUUCGGGCCAGACCACAGUCAUCUCCUCCUCGUCCUCAGUCCUUCAGUCCCAGGGCCCCACUGACGUCCAACAGCCCCUUUUGGACUUUGACACAGACGACCUGGACCUACACAGCCUCAGGAUCCAGCCGGUACGUUCGGAGCCAGUCAGCAUGCCCGGCUCAUCGCGGCUGGUGCCAGAUCGUAGAGGACAGUCCAACCUCAUGGAUGCAGGAUCAGGUCCAUUUGACGGGCGAGGCGUGACCCUGCUGGAAGUAUGCGGUAGCUGGCCAGAGAGCUUUGGCGUGCCACGGCACAAUGUCGGCUCAGCAGACGCCACUGACGAAAGCCUCCGGGAGAGACUGGCCGAUGCCAUGUCUGAGUCCCCCUCCAGGGAUAUAGUAGGAUCUGCUACAGAGCUGCAGAGGGAGGGCAGCAUUGAGACCCUCAGCAACAGCUCGGGUUCCACCAGCGGCAGCAUCCCACGCAACUUCGAGGGCUAUCGCUCCCCCCUGCCCACCAACGAGAGCCAGCCACUAAGCCUCUUCCCUACCAACUUCCCGUAGAGCCCCACCUCUCCUCCAGGAGCAGCCGCCGCCGUCCAGCCCACCUGCCCCACCUGACCCCCAAAUAUCUGUCCAUGCAGCAUCACAUUCACAGACUGAUGUGUUGAGCUGAAACCAAAUCGUGUCCAGGAUUUGUGUUUCUCUGUGCAGUGUUUUUUUCUGUUCUCAUACAGCUGGGCACAAAUAAGUGUGAUCACAGCUACAUACAUUUUAUUUCUUGGUUUGGAUUUGAAGGCUGAUAUGUUUUUUUAAUGAAGCUGCCAGUGGCACUUUUGCCAAUGGCAGCUUCAUUAAGAGAUUGAGAUUUCCAAUUAUUUUUAAUUUGACCAUUCUAAUGCCAAUAUUGAAAUGAAUAUAGUGUUUAUCCUCCAACUCCAUUCAUGUCAGGGUGAAAACAUCUAGACAGUUAUUGUAACCUUUUAAAAACUAAUUUCUGAGUGUUGCUGAGCAAUUAACCAAAUCUAAAGUGCAGAAAUAUUUCAUCAAAGCAGAGUAUUUUGAUACAGUGUGUGGUCGGGGAGGAACCUCCUUUGUUUUCAUUAUCAGAUUUCUAAUAAGAGACCCAGUUCCAGGCCAGCACAUCCAUCCGACCCUGCCUGUUACCUUGUCGUAGCUUUGAAUCAGACACAGACGUCAGAGAACCAGCCGUCCUCUCCUCUCUGCGGCCGAUGUCUGCUGUUUCCUCCGCCCGCCAUCAUUCUCUGAGUGUGUUUGAAGUUUUACGGUGUCCCUGUUGUCUGAAUGAGCCAUAAGAAAGGGGGAGCUCAGACAGAGGAAAAAAUGUUUAUUCCAGUCAGUGACGUGUAGCAGCUCCUUUCCCCUCUGUGUGUGUGUGUGUGUGCUGCUCUCAUGGCCUCUUGCUAAAUGUUUUUGAUUAAAUUUGCUCCUCUCAUGCCUUUGAUUUUCAUGUAAUUACAUUUGACAAAAGAUGCAGUAAUGAGAUGACACUAUUACUACGUUGCUGAAGUAAUUUAGAUGUUUACGGUGUAAUUGAGAUAUGUUUCUGACAUCAUUUAGAUAUAUUCCCCCACUCGGCCUUUCCAGAGAGUAAACUUUAAUUGAGCGGAGUAAUAGCCGUCAUGCUGUAUUUUGUACAUUAGCCACUUUUGACCAAAAUCUUUUUUUUUCUCCUGCCUCUAGUUAUAGAUCUCUAAAAAAGUAUUUUCCUUAAAUGUAGUAGCUAAGAUUGACUUUGAUAAUCAGAACUUCCUUUAUUAAACAUACUUUGCCUGUUAGUUUGUCCGAAGCAGAAUGUUUGACUUCUGAAAUGCACUUCCAGAGUCACCUUUAGAGAUUAAAUGAUAAUAGUACAAUCCCACAAUGUGUGAGUGUUGUCGGACUGGCUGCAUGAAGGCCUGCUGUUGCUCGGUCACUGAAUGAGGGCAUGAAUCCACUCAUUUUAAUUCAAAGCAAAUGUUGCCAGUAGUUUGAUUGUAAAAUACUGACUUAUUUCCCAGCAUUCAUGCAAGAAAAACCAUAAUAAAAA